AUGCGUCUACGACUCUGGCCCGCAACUUGCGUCAACCCGCACACCGCGACUAGUCAUGAGGCUCUGGAUACAUUCACGCGCAUCUCGUUGAUAGGGCGCCUGAACGUGUACGACUACUAUAAAGCACUUGUAGCCGCAUCCGACGGUGCCCGUCUUGGUGUAAUUGGGGAUGUCCGGCAACAGCUUACAACAUGUGUGCGAGAAUUCCGACAUAUACUCAUGUAUAAACGCGCUGGCCGUGGACAUGAGCCGGGGGGUAUUGCUGCGACACCUUUAGGAGCCUGCGCGCUGCGCUGUCCUGCCUGUCCCAACUUCGAUUUGAAUGUACCACUGAACUGGGCUGCAAGUCCCUUCCGGGUCAUACUUUCCAUGGAUGCCAACUUCAGACUCAACAACAAACUGACCAAACAUGAAGAUCGCGAUCCUAACCUUACGGACGGUUCCGCAUACAUGGCUCCGCCAAUGGAGUACGACAACUACCUCAAAGCAACGGAGGGCCGCGACCAGGCCGAGCCGCCAAAUGAUUGCUCUCGAUUUGGGGCUCUGGUGCUUGCGAACAUGAGAGGCGGAAGGGGAAUGCGUACCACUGGCAUAGCUGGUUGCUUCUGCGCACGCCAUGAAUUCGUGCAGCCGCUAGGCUUGGCCACUCUUACAAAAGGAGAACGGUAUAGCACGAUGGACUGGGUCUUCUGCGGCGCACUAUCUUUCUUGCGGUGUGCGGAGGUCACCGUUUGCUAUGAUAUCGCGUGUCAAUGGAGCAAGAAUCUCAGCGAGCGCAUACGCAGAAUGCAACCGAGCUGGCUUGUCUUUCCCGGAGCUGCGCAGUUCAUCAAGCUUCAUGUCGACAGGGCCAUCACCUACGCAGUCCCGAAGUUCCACCUCUACGCGCACAAAGUUUUCUGUCAGUUACGAUACGCGCUCGGCUUGAUGCUCGGCACCGGUGCUACUGACGGUGAAGGGUGCGAGCGUAUCUGGUCCGGUGCGAAUCCAGCGGCGUCUAGUCUGCGCGAGAUGGGAGCGGGCGGCAUGAGUGACACUAUGGACGAUAUGUGUAGUUUGUGGAACUGGAGGAAAACAUGUGGAAUAGCCAAUCUACUCUGCGGUCGUAUGGAGCGUGCGCUGGAGAACGGUGCUACGCAAACGGCAAUCUUCACGGAGUUCACAGCAGCAAUCGAGGCGGAGAAGCCCUCCAGAGUAUCCCAGGCACGAGCUGCAAUCAGGGUAUGGGAACAAGACGCUGUGAAGAAGGAAGGGACGCCAUGCCCGUACUACUCCGAGAGUGCAGAGCUAUCAGUCGCCGAGAUCAAACUUCAGGCCGAACAGGCGCAGGGCUUGUCGCCUCUUGACACCGCAUCGCUUUAUGUGGAAGAAGAGGCCUCGUUAAUACUAUUCCUCGCGCAUGGGUUUGACAUUGAAGAUGCCAGGCAUGUAUUCAGGCAGUCAUUCUACGCGAAGCAUAAGCUGACCGGGGGAACCGUCGAACAGAGCAGAGCUAGGACGCACGACUUGAACGAACUACGACGCGACAUCCUGAGGUUCCGGAGGGAGCAAGAAUCUCACAUGCCCGGAGUUUACGCCGCCCUUACGCUGGACGAGCGCGAUCCGGAUCGGCUGCAUUCAUUGAAGGUCAAGUUAUACUUGCCGUCAGAUCCUCCCGCUCAAGAUAAGAGUAUGAUAUCAGCUACAGAUCGUGCCAUGGAAGCUAAGUUGAGGUGGGCGUCGAUGGUGGACAUGCUUCGUGACUUGCGACACCAGCUACGCCUCAAGGGCCGCCUCAACAGAUUCAAAAUAGCGAACAUUGAGGGCCAGCACAGUAACACUCGCGCUCGCGAUGCACAAGACACUGUGAUCGCCAACGUCCAGAAGGCGGCGAAGGCCUAUCGGCGCCAUCGCGCUGCCUACCUCAAGUUGGUCGGGCCCGGAAAGGGUGGGUGGGAGGAGACGAUGCGCGAGCUCAAGGACAGCGACUGUCGCGGUUUGGGAGAUCGCCUGCUCGAGCAGAUGGAGAACAUGACAGAGGACAACGUCAAAAAGUUCUUGGCGGGGAAACGAGGCGCGGAGUCAUCCGGGGAGACGCAGUAUGAGCUGCCAUGGAUCUGGUUUAACCACACCGAGGAAGCGGGACUUGAGAUCACGGAUGAACUUAUGGUCGAAUGGUGCAAAUCCCGUGCUCGGGCGCAGCACUGGAUACAGGAAGUUCGUCUUCUCGACGAAGAGAUGCGCCGCGUCGUCGUUUUCAGCGAGAAUAUGGCGAAGCUUUGGGAUGCGCGCCGCGAGCCUCAGGACCGUAUGGACUUCGGUGAAAAGCAUGCCUAUGCUUCUGACGAUGGAUGGGCAGAUGGAGCGCGGGCCUAUGCUUGUAAGCAAUCGUGGAUUCGCCGCACCCAAGCUUCAACUUGGAGCGCCCAAUUCACUGACCUCCGAGCGACCGCUCAUCGCUUUCUCUCGCUGCAUACCACUGAGGGUUUAUCGGUCGGGGCAUUCGAUCUACGGGCGGGGUCAAUGGCAGAUGCUAUGACGCUCGGUGAAGAGGGCCCUCAGCCUGGUGCCGCGGCGGAGGAAAGCGUGGGAUUGCGAGGCGGCGAAGCGUCACAGCAAGAGCAGAGUGAGCCGAGUGCGUCUCAGCCUCAGGUUCUGUCACAUCGUCCCGACAAGCGGACAAGGGUUCGACGUAAAGAACGCAACGUGAAGAAACAAUAG